AUGUUCGACGCGUCAUUUCUAAACGAAUACCACUACUUUGCUGCUACAUUCUCUUUCAAUGAUGGAGAGUUUCCGGAUACAAUCACUACCAUGGCGUCUGGCCUGGACACACUGCCUGAGCCGCAAAGCUUGGUCAACGUAGAAACAUCUGGUCUGAUGAACGUAAUGCAUACGGCCACGCACCACAGUCUUACUAUCAGCAACCUCGCCACCACUUACGAUACAGUUGGAGGGACUCACGACAUCACUCAUCAACUUCCUACCACGCCAGGGGGUGACUUAGACCCAGGGCUAGAUUUCUCUUUCGAUACAUCACCCACAACGUACACCGCGGGUUGGAACGAGAGCAUGACUGCUCUGUCUGACGACUGGUUUCACGCUGCUACUAGCGAUAUUCAACCCAGUCCGAGCGAGACGAACAGCUCCGAACCAACGGACGUCGACGACAGCUGGGUCCCUCAGGACGUUUACCAGAUAGGCUUUCAAGAUGAAAAUGGUGACUGGCGGUGCAGCUACGCUGCAUGCCGAUCCCUCGCUGUGUUUGAGCGUGCCUGUGACCUUCGGAAGCACCAUUCAACACACGCCAAGACUUUCUUCUGUCCGCGCCCCGAAUGUGCGUCAUCCGGUAUUGGAUUCGCAUACCCCAAGGACUAUAGGCGUCAUCUUCGUUCUCACAAACCAAGCAUUCCAUGCCCCUACGCAUUAUGUGGCAGGCUGUUCAGCCGGUUGGAUAACAUGGUGAGUUCUCCGCGCCCUUUCAAGCAUCCACCCGGAGACAUUGUCCUAUUCAGCUCCAGUGGCCUCUUCUAUGAACUCUUCACUAAUGACGAUAUCAAUGCAGAGGAGCCACUUCAGCAAGAUGCAUUUGCGGAAGAGGAACACUCUAUUUGCUCGACCGUGCCGUAA